CUCGUCUCCUACUGAUUCUUCGCGUCUCACGGCAGUCGGCCGAAUAGAGCUUUGCUUCUCCCCGAGAUCUCGUGCUUCCGCCCAAGGCGUAGGAAGGCACCCACGCACGGCGACUGGUGCGUUGAGCCGGGAAGGCGAGAAUGGGCAAGUCAUGGGCGCUCCUCACCCACCUCCACUCCGUCGCCGGGCCGAGCAUCACGCUGCUGUACCCUCUGUAUGCGUCGGUGUGCGCCAUGGAGAGCCCGUCCAAGGUGGACGACGAGCAGUGGCUGGCCUACUGGAUCCUCUACUCCUUCAUCACCCUCCUGGAGAUGCUCGCCGAGCCCGUCCUCUACUGGAUACCGGUGUGGUACCCGGUGAAGCUGCUGUUCGUGGCGUGGCUGGCGCUCCCGCAGUUCAAGGGCGCCUCCUUCAUCUACGACAAGGUCGUCAGGGAGCAGCUCAGGAAGUACCGCGGCAGGAACAGCCACGCCGACGCCGACCACAAGGUGCACAUACUCAAGGCCGAGGCUGACCAUGGUCAUGUGCACUGAGGAGCAUACAAGGGCCUGGGCACACUGGGAGAUCCAGGAGCAUAACCUACUGUUGUGCAGGACUGCGGAAUCUUAACUAUUAGGUGUAUCUUGUAUCUGUUGUAAGCACAUCGAGAAGUAUUAACACGACCACCCAUGCGCUCGCCUAAUAAAUCAGGGCCGUCGUCUUUGAUAA